AUGACAGUGGGAAUGGGAGGUGAAGGGGAUGAUCAACAACUAUUUACAGACUUCAAACUCAGCAUCAGCACAAGUAACUACACAACGAAAUGGCAGAGACUGGAGAAAGGGAUAGCGAUGGGCUGCUCAAUUUCCCCACUUCUGUUCACUUUGGGCUUUGAGAUCCUGCUAAUAGGAGCCAAGCAAGUGGUUGGAGGCGUAAGAACACCUACGGGGGAGAAGAUGCCACCAUUGCGAGCUCUCAUGGAUGAUGUUACUAGCAUCUUUCGAACAGCACCAUGUACCAACCGGGUUUUACUCAGACUGGAAGAGCUCACAGCAUGGGCAGGCAUGCAGUUUAAGCCGUCUAACUCAAGAAGCCUGUCCCUCAGGAAGGGAAAGCUCAGCACGAGGACAUUUUCCGUUAACGGCCAGAAAAUUCCUACCAUCCAAGAAGAGUCAGUUAAAAGUCUGGGCCGCCUGUACACAAGUAAUCUGAACGACAAAGGAAGGGGGGAGGAAGUCUUAGAGCAAGCCUGCAAUGGCCUCCAGCGAAUAGAUAAGAGUGAACUCCCAGGCAGGCUGAAAAUGUGGUGUGUUCAAUUCAUGCUGUUCCCAAGACUCAAGUGGCCACUCAAAAUGUACAACAUUUCUAUGUCAACAGUUGACCAGAUCGACAGAAAGGCCAAUGCCUACUUCCGACGGUGGUUAGGCGUGCCGAGAUGUCUCUCAUCUGUCGCCCUGUAUGGCAAGAAUAAGCUCAACCUGCCGUUCUCGUCAAUUGCAGAAGAUUUCAAGCUGGAAAAGGUCCGCCUGAUGUUGGAAUUGAAGGGCUCUCAGGACCCUUCAGUGAGAGCAGCCUUUAACCAAGGCAUUAACACUGGGAAGAAAUGGAACGCAACUUCAUCUAUCAGUCAAGCCAUCAGUAGACAGCAGCACAAAGACCUGGUGGGCUCAGUCCAAGUAGGGCGAACAGGUUUCGACUGGGGCAAGAAAGACCAAAGGUGGAAAAGUGCGAACCCCAAUGAGAGAAGACAGUUGCUGAUCCAAGAGGUUAGAAGGAUGGAGGAGGAGCGGAGAAGAGUAGUAGCGGUUGGCCAGAGACAGCAGGGGGCCUGGCUCAACUGGGAAGGCGCAGUGGAGAGGAGGCUCUCUUGGAGCGAUCUGUGGAGUAUGCAGAAUGCUAGGCUGAGUUUCCUCCUCCGCUCAGUGUAUGAUGUCCUCCCCAGCCCCUACAACCUCACCCGUUGGUAUAAAAACGAGGAAUCUUGUCAGCUGUGCGGUCGAGCUCAAGCCGACUUGAAACACAUUCUAUCUAACUGCAACAUUGCCUUACAACAGGGCCGUUACACAUGGAGGCACAACAAGGUGCUCAGGCUAAUUGCAGUGAUGCUGGAGGAGGUGAGGAAGAAAGCCAAAGGUGCUACGGCACGAAUACAACCAAUCCAGUUCGUAAGGGAGGGCCAGAAGCCCAAAGCAGCAGACAGCAACAGUAUCCACAUUGGCGGUGGCCCACUGAGUAGAGGGCAAUGGGAAAUGGCAGUAGACCUUGAUAGACAACUCCGCUUUCCGAGCGUUAUCUGUGACACACAGCUAAGACCUGACAUGGUUCUGUGGUCAGUGGACCAGAGAUCGGUGCUCAUCAUAGAACUUACCAUACCAUGGGAAGAGAACAUUGAAGCGGCCUAUGAGAGGAAGAAGCUAAAGUAUGAAGAAUUAGCCAAUCAGUGUAACAACAAGAGGGGGGCAUAG